CUGUACCUCUGUUUUAUCGACAGCUCUUUUACAGCAUAGAAGGCAAAAUGAGGAUUUUGAUGCAUUUGACGAUCAUAUCAGUGCUAAUAAUUGUGAAUUAUCAGUUCGUUCAUUGUGCCGGUAGAAGUGUUCAAAUGAGGAAACGUGUACGUGCAAAAGAAAACCUGAAGCACUCGAGACGAAUUCAAAUAAUCAAGUGUUGUGGAGGUGCAAAAUGUUCGGCAUCUUUUAAUCAUAAACCAUCGCGAAAUUCGAGUGAUUUGAAAACGAUCUCCACUCGCCCUAAAACUUCCAGCUCUCAAGGCCGUUUUAAAACAACUGUACGCAAAGUUUUCAGCAGUAGUAUUGAUGAAAACACGGCUAUUUCUGAGUCUGCUACAACCGUCUUCGAAUCAAAUACGGCCCUCUCUGAAUCAGAUACAACCCCCUCUGAACCAAACCAAAUUCCCAUAGAAACAGUAACAAUUUCCUCUACUCAAAGCAUGACGUCAUCGGAGACUACCAAAUCGAAAUUAACAACCACCACGAUUUCCCAAAGUGGCACAACUAAAUUCAUUGCGGAAAAUACACCUUCUCAGGCGAAAGCAGAAUCAACCACUAAUCCACCUACAAGCACCUCACCAGCUGCAGAAGUGACAACAACCUUGACUAUAGCAGCGAUAACGACAAAUUUGGUCACCACCACCACAGCCAAACCCAUCACCACAACCGCAACCGCAACAGCAGCUGCAACAUCAACCACAACCACAACCACUACCACCACCACCACCACCACCACGACAACAGCAACAACUACGACAGCUAAACCAACAAAUCUACCUUGCGAACAGUCUCGUUGCGCAAACUUCACUUUCACCGCAAACCAGGGCGCAACAUCAGUGAUCAGCGCCAGCACGAGCAAGCUAAUUGUUAGAAAUGGAGCGACGUUUCUGUAUUCAUCAGCAGCAGCGAGCCAAGCUGAUGCCGCCCAGAACUGCUUCUUGCGCAAUAUGAAUUUAAUUUCUGUGCAAGACGUUCUAAAAUUGAAUAUUGUUCAAAAAUUGCUUCAGGAUGUUGGGACCGACUCUACCGUCUGGACGAUUGGCUCCAACGAAGGAAACAUGUCGUGCCAAAAUUACGAUUUGAGUUUCGCCUGGUGCAACCCGAAAAGAGAAAUCAUCCUUCCCGCGAUAAUACAGAAAAUGAGCAGUUUGGAAAUAGUUCAAAAGGGACUCACGACGUCCAUGCUUAACGGGGCUGCCGUCUUAAAAACAUCAGAUUCUAAUUCAUUGUUUCCUUUUUUGUGCGAGCCAAAAGAUGAUGUACAAGACUCUUGCCUCGCUCUUAAGUGCAACAAAGACAGCACAUUGUUAGACGCAAAUGGGCAUAUUAAGGAUGGAGAAACGUAUGGGAAGUGGACGUUUGCUUGCGACAAAAUGUACCUUUUCUCUGGUACAAUUGGCACUUGGCAGCAGAGUUGGGACUUCUGUUGCAGUUUGGGAAUGCACCCGAUCUCGUUUAGCUCGGCGUCCGACUUUGAGUGUUUGAGCAACACCACUAAAGAUUUGAUGUGGACGCAAAACUGGAAUUAUUGGACGGCGGGACGCGCAAUGGGCACCUGGGGAAGGUGGGCCUGGUGCCCAGGAGCCGUCAACCUUCCCGACUCGCUUUCCUGGGCUCCGGAGCAACCAGACAACGCCCAGCCCGAUGAGAAUUGUCUGCACUUGCAAGUGACGAAAAAUGCGAGCGGUAUUCUUUUGUCAGACCGGAACUGCAGCCACAAAUACGUCAUCGCUUGCCAGGGUGAUGUGUUGAUGACGCCCGACUGCAACAAGCCAAUCUGUCCGAUGGAGUGUACUAAAAAUGAAUCGACUUUCUCCCUCGGAAUUAUAAACGAUCUAUUUGUUCACGGCCAGUGGAAUGUCGGUUGUGGCAAGGAAUAUCUGUUUUCGGCUGCAGCUAUGGAUUGGUUGGGCGCGUGGAAAUAUUGCUGCGCCCUUGGAAUGAAAUUGGCCUCGAUUGAGUCUAUUGAGGAAUUGAGCUGUCUUACGAAUAUGGUUGCGAAAUAUCCCAGAGCGGCUUACCCUGAUCAAUGCGGAAGGGAUUUCUGGACAUCUGGCACCAACCGCGGCUGUCCAGGCCCUCACUUCUGGUGUUCAGCGAACUGUAAAUUGAACAAGCAAGAACUAGCCAAUUGGAAAAACGGGAAAAUGCCCUCCGAGAGUGCCGAUCAGUGCAUUUUCAUCAAUUUGUCUAAUUCAACUUUGAGUGAGACCUAUUUGGGCGCUGACUCUUGUACAGAGCAAAAACCGUUUCUUUGCGAGACCUUUAAAUCUGGCCUUAAAUCAGCGCAAAUUCAGCGCUCUUGCUCGGCAAUUUGGGGUAUUACAGACGAUGAUGUGAAUUUAGUUAUCAUGAAUCCAUACGCCGACGUCUUAAACCAAAGACGCGAACUAAAAUGUUAUAUUAGGUGCUGCGGGAGAUUAGUAAAAGUGAUAAUAAACGGAUUACUGGCGACGGAUAAAAUUUUGCGCGACUUAGAGGACUUGACGGUCGACGACGCACUGUCUUUGCAGUACAGCUUUGGAAAAUAUUAUUCCUGCACUUCCAUUCAGGCCCCUGAAGAAUGCAACCUGAUGGCCAUGAUGUUCCAGUGUGCCAAGAUGAGUGCACCAGAAAUUACCAGAGGACUCGUCACUGUCAACAAAGGAGACGGCUUUGCUCAUUUAGUAAGUGUUACAGGGGGAAUCAGAACCGCCGAGAGAGUGUGUCCUCUGUAUCCAGCAGCAAGUUGUGUACCAAAUCAAGCAAAUAUCGAUGAGCUGAAAAACACGGGAUCAACACUAGGAGGAAACAUGACGAAAAUCUCGACUGGCAAAAAUUACUUUACAAUAUUUCUCCCGACAGGAAUUUCCGACGCUCAAGCUGAAGCAGACUACUGCUGCAAACUUGGCAGCCACCUUGCCAUUUUCGAAAGCUUGGCGGAUUACAACGCAUUUACGCGCGACUGGCAAGCAACUGCAGGCUACUGGGCUUACAUUGGACCGACUUUCGACAAUGGCGAUGGCACCGACAGCUGGUGCUCAACCUUCAUGAAGCUGCCAGCGGGAUUGAUCACAGACAUCAACACAUUUUAUCGCAACCAGGAAUUGACUUCAACUCAAAUUUACUUGUCGAAAGACACCGGAUUUGGAUUGUAUGGAAAAGGAACCAUCUGCAACCAAGUAAUAUGUGGCCCACUUCCAUACUAGAAUAUGACCAAAUUAUUCCAUUCGGAGAAAUUAUUUUUAACAUCUGGAUAAUAUGGUUUGUAUUUUAUGGUGAUAGAGUUUUUCUUGCCGACAAAAUAUUUAAUAAAAACGUGUCUAUUUGCAGUUGCUAUUUCUAUGUAUGACUCUGAAUUUUCCGAAUUUUCAUUGCAAAUUAUAUAUGGCAGUGUGUGAAUGACGAUUUUGAGCCUUAUAAACAAUAAA